AUGUUUCUGCUUACUAACAACGGCUUGCUUUUCACAGGACGUGCUAGCAGUGGAAGUGUUGCCCGAGGUGGUGGAGUAGCUUCCACUUCUAGAAAUAGUGGCGGACAACCUGGACAACCUGGAGGCGGAUUCCCUCAACAGGGCGGCGUGCGUUUCCAUCCAACUAGCUCAAUUCAAAGGCGAUUCGCACCCGAAUCAAGGUGGAUUUCCACCGCAAGACCGACCAGGGCGUUUCCAUCCGCCAAUUUCCGCCCUGGCAGUGGUGUCGGUUCAUCGGCUAGCAGUGGAAUGUUCAAAAAGGCUCUCAUUGGUGGAGCCAUCGGAGCGGUUGGAGGUUUGGUAGCUUACGAAGCUGGCAAGGCUAUAAUCAAAUCGGCUACGGCACCGUUCACACGAUGGGCACAACUACUAUUGGGACAAUCACUACCAACAAAAACCCAAUGA